CCUUUCCUCUGCAGAGCUCUCUCCCUCCCAUGACAACCCUUAUUUCGCUCUCUUCGGUUCCAUGUCUGUUCCCCUCCUUCUCCCCACCUAGCUAUCCCUCACCAGCCCUGGAAUAGGUCUCCCUCGCUGUCUCCCAGGCCGGGUGUAGCUCUCUCCGCCUUAGCUCUCGCCCCUGCACCUCUUUCUUUGUAUUCCUCUAGUCCUCCCGGCCUCCCCAGCAUCUCUCCUCCCCCGCCUGGCUCUGGCCUCCCCCUGCCUCCUCAUCUUAAGCUCAGACUCCUCCCCCUAGCUCCUCUCCCCUUCCCAUCCCUUCGCCUCACUCCACUCCCUGCCUGCAUGCCAGGGUUUCUUUCCACUGUGGGGGUCUCUGAGCCUCUCAUUCUCCUCUCCACCUGCCUCCUUCACCCCAGGGUUAGCGAGCACCCCCUUUUUCUGACCAGGCAUCUUCUCACCACCCCCACCAUCGCCACUGACUCUCCUCCCCAUCUCCUCUUCUCCUUCUCUGCCCCUUUAAAUCUGCCUGGCCCAGCCUCCCCCGUGAUGCUGGGUUUGGAGCAAACAUUGAUUUGUGCUGGGAUGGAAUCGGAAUUUUGAUUUUUUUUUUUCCUCUCCCAACCAUAAGAAGAAAAAAAUAAUAAAAACACCCCCUCUUGAUAGCCCCCUCCCCUUUCCCAUCCAGCUCCCAGAUCCUCUUCGCUAUCUCCGUUCAAGGCAGAUUUCCCCCCUACACUAUUCUCAUCUCUCCUCACCCUAGCCACUGCCUCACUCCUCACACUAGCCGGCACCUUCAGCUGGAGAGGGGACUCUCCCAUAGCUCCCCCACCUUCCUUCCCUGGGUUGUAGCAGUCUCUCCGGAAGGGGAGGGGGCUUGUCUUGUCCUGGGUAAGGUGUGAGUGGAGGGAUCCUGCCAUGGAUGCUGCGCCCGGGAGGCAGCCUGAGCCCCAGCCCACAGGCCACUCAGGAUGAGGGUCCGGCCCUGCCUGCCCGCGCUGGGGCCCCUCCGCCCAGGCCCUGUUUAACCUCCCCCGCCCCCAGGCCUCGCCCGGCCCCCAGGCCCCCAGCAGGCUCUCCAGCCCCAGGAUGCGCUGAGCCGCCAGGGGGCUGAGGCCACGCCAACUACAUGCAUGUCCCCCGGGGGCAAGUUCGACUUUGACGACGGGGGCUGCUACGUGGGGGGCUGGGAGGCGGGGCGGGCACAUGGCUACGGCGUGUGCACCGGGCCCGGCGCCCAGGGCGAGUACAGCGGCUGCUGGGCGCACGGCUUCGAGUCGCUGGGUGUCUUCACGGGGCCCGGCGGACACAGCUACCAGGGCCACUGGCAGCAGGGCAAACGCGAAGGGCUGGGCGUGGAGCGCAAGAGCCGCUGGACGUACCGCGGCGAGUGGCUGGGCGGGCUGAAGGGGCGCAGCGGCGUGUGGGAGAGCGUGUCCGGCCUGCGCUACGCCGGGCUCUGGAAGGACGGCUUCCAGGACGGCUACGGCACCGAGACCUACUCCGACGGAGGCACCUACCAAGGUCAGUGGCAGGCGGGGAAGCGCCACGGCUACGGGGUGCGUCAGAGUGUCCCCUACCACCAGGCGGCGCUUCUGCGCUCACCCCGCCGCACCUCCCUGGACUCGGGCCAUAGCGACCCCCCGACGCCGCCUCCGCCUUUACCCCUGCCCGGAGACGAAGGAGGCAGCCCAGCCUCGGGGUCCCGAGGCGGCUUCGUGCUGGCGGGGCCUGGGGACGCCGACGGGGCGACCUCGCGUAAGCGCACCCCAGCAGCAGGUGGAUUCUUCCGCCGGUCACUGCUGCUCAGCGGGCUCCGGGCUGGUGGGCGCCGCAGUUCCCUGGGCAGCAAGAGGGGAUCCCUACGCAGCGAGGUGAGCAGCGAAGUGGGCAGCACAGGACCCCCGGGCUCCGAGGCUAGCGGACCUCCCAUCCCAGCACCGCCUGCCCUCAUCGAGGGCUCAGCUACUGAGGUGUACGCGGGCGAGUGGCGUGCAGACCGGCGCAGCGGCUAUGGAGUGAGCCAGCGCUCCAACGGGCUGCGCUACGAGGGCGAGUGGCUGGGCAACCGACGGCACGGCUACGGGCGCACCACCCGGCCCGACGGCUCCCGUGAGGAGGGCAAGUACAAGCGCAACCGGCUGGUGCACGGGGGACGUGUCCGCAGCCUCCUGCCUCUGGCCCUUAGACGGGGCAAAGUCAAGGAGAAGGUGGACAGGGCUGUCGAGGGUGCUCGUCGAGCUGUGAGUGCUGCCCGCCAGCGCCAGGAAAUCGCCGCUGCCAGGGCAGCAGACGCCCUCCUAAAGGCAGUGGCAGCCAGCAGCGUCGCCGAGAAGGCUGUGGAGGCAGGACGGAUGGCCAAACUGAUAGCCCAGGACCUACAACCCAUGCUAGAGGCCCCAGGCCGCAGACCCAGACAGGACUCAGAAGGUUCUGACACAGAGCCUUUGGAUGAGGACAGCCCUGGAGUAUACGAGAAUGGACUGACUCCCUCAGAGGGCUCCCCGGAACUGCCCAGCAGUCCUGCCUCCUCCCACCAACCCUGGCGACCCUCUGCCUGCCGGAGCCCACUGCCUCCUGGAAGGGACUGGGGUCCCUUCUCCAGCCCCAAAGUUUGGCCCAAGGAGUGGGGGGGCCCAGGUGGGCAGGCUGAAGAACUAGCUGGCUAUGAGGCCGAAGAUGAGGCUGGGAUGCAGGGGCCAGGGCCCAGGGACGGUUCCCCACUUCUUGGAGGCUGCAGCGACAGUUCAGGAAGUCUUCGUGAGGAGGAGGGAGAAGAUGAAGAGUCCUUGCCGCAACUGAGGGCCCCAGGAGGCUCAGAGUCUGAGCCUGUCACCACACCGGUUUUGAGGGGCCUGUCCUCAAGGGGUCCUGAUGCUGGGUGCCUGACGGAGGAGUUUGAGGAGCCUGCUGCCACCGAGAGGCCUGCCCAGCCGGGAGCUGCCAACCCCCUGGUGGUGGGAGCCGUGGCCUUGCUGGACCUCAGCCUGGCGUUCCUGUUCUCCCAGCUCCUCACCUGAGGGCGACAUCCCUGCCUCCUUCUGGCUUCGGUUGCCUGACUCUCCACCUGCCUUUAUCUCUUUCCUCCUCGUUGUGUUUCUAUCUUUCCUUCUUCCUUUCUUUUCGUUGCCCCUUUAUUUUUGACUCUUGCUUUUUCCCUUCCCUCUCUUCUUUCAGAUGAUCUCAUUUAUUCUGGGUUCGUCUCUGGUCUUGUUCCUUUCCCUCCCCAACCCCUUCUUUCUCUAGAUUGUUUACAUAUGAAGGGCUUUUCUCUCUCAGAGUUGCUCUCUGCUCUGAGCCACACAAAUCUAAGUCAGAUCAUUGCCCCCAAAUCCCCCCUACCUUUUCCUAAACCCAGACUUCACCAAGGGUGGGGGGUUUGGUGUCCUGAGGAGUCUUCUGGAAGGUGAGUGGAGGGGAAAAAGUAGAUGGAGAAGGGGUGACUGAAUGCCAUACUAGCUGAGCCACUGGGGCUUCCUGGCCCAAAUGGAAAGCUGCGGGAGGAGUCACCUCUGAAAGCCCAGAUAAGGAUCUUGCCUAACUUAAUCCUUCCCAGGGCCAGACCAGGGACGUAGACGGCAGAGUUAACUUCCUAGACCCUCCCUCUUUCUCUCCUCAUCAGCCAGCCCCUCUUCCAACCCCCAAAGAUGGCAUGCCAUGCCAAGCACAAUGUGUAAAAGAAAAAAAAAAAUCUAUCUGGUGCACCAAACCCACCCUCUCAAGACUUUACCACCAACCUCUCUACCCUGCUGUGCCCCCUAAAAGUUUAUUUGCUUGAUCUGGACUCACUUGUGGCCUUUGAUUCAAUUCCUAAGGGGCCUGAAGAAGACACUUGUGCAGCAGGUUAGAGGCACUGGAGCAAGGACUCCACUCCUCAGCUCUGGUGGUUGAAGGGAGCACAACCAGAUUCCAUCUAGGGGAGCCUAGUGAGAGGAGAAGAGCUCAAAGGCAGCAUAAGCUGUCACAGUCUAGUAGUUUCCACGUGGGUUCUGUGUCUUCCCCCAUCACAUCAGAAUCUUGUGACACGGUAAAGUAAGAGGGGACAGGAGAAGCAAACGUCUCCCACAUCCCAGGCAGGGCAGAGGUGGGCAUCAAACCCAGGUGAGAGGUGGAUGAAGAGCCCUGUUUGAAGAUAUGGCUGAUCCCUGGUUCUAGCUUUUCCUCUGGGGGCAGAAAGCUCUACAAAAGGGGACUGUAGAGUCCCCAGGGGAACUCCUUCCCUGCAUGAGGCAAAGGCAAGCUGCCUGCCAACCUUCUUCCCUCAAGGAAUGGCCUUGCCCACCACACACACUCUUCUUUUUUUCUAGUCAAUGACUUCUGUUUACUCCUUGGCCUGCUUCCCUCCUCUCCUCCCCUCUCCACCUUUACUUCUGAUUUCUAUUUCAUGGAAUUUGGGAUUGAAGUUAUACAACAGUGCCGCCAACACAAGUCUUGCAGGAAAAAAAAAAAAAAAAAAAAAAAAAAAAAAAAAAAA